ACGCAACGCGGGCAGGCUGAGCCCGAUGGCGGCGGGCGCGACCCGUCGCGGGGAGCAAAGUCCCGGCGGAUGCGGGCCCGGGGCAGAGCCCUGCCCAGGUGAGUGGCGGAGGAGCGCUCCGAGCGGGUGGCUGCGAGCUGCGCAGAGCUCUGAGGGCAAAUCGGUGCGGUUCGCCGGGUGAAAAACAUCCCCUUUAAACCGCGAGCCCGGCACCGCCUGCACGCAGCCCUCGAGAGGGGUUUGGGGAGGGAGGAGGCGGGGAGGAAAGCAGCCACGGGGUAAACGACGCGUGCCGGAGAAAAAAGUUACGCUCGUGGAACGGGGAAACCGAUCCGGCCCGCCUGCCUGGAAACCAGCCGUAACCGGGGCCGGGCCGGCUUUCCCCUGCCCGCCGUCACCAAAUCCUACUGCACCGCCCCCGGCACCCGGAGCCCCGCACGGUGCGGGGGUAGGAGCCGCCCCGCCCCGCCCCGCCCUGCCCCGGCACAGCCCCGCUCCGCCCCGGCACGGUACGGCUCGGUACGGCACGGUACGACGGGGCUCGGCACGGCCCGCCGCGCAGCCAGCAGAUGCGAUGGUGACCUGCCCUCCCCGCGUCCCGGCCCCUCCUGGUGCUGAGUGCCGUCAGUAGCCCCGUGCGGGCGGCAGCAUGGGGCCGCGGUGCCUUGUGUGCCUCCUGCUGCUGCUCGCCCCAUCCCUGCUGCAGGCCGGCGCCUGGCAGUGCCGCCGCAUCCCUUUCAGCUCCACCCGCAACUUCUCAGUGCCCUACACUCUGCCCAGCCUCGAUGCCGGCAGCCCCGUGCAGAACAUCGCCGUCUUCCCCGACCCGCCCACCGUCUUCGUGGCCGUCCGCAACCGCAUCCUGGUGGUCGAUCCCGAGCUGCGCCUCCGCUCCGUCCUCGUCACCGGCCCCACGGGCAGCGCCCCCUGUGAGAUCUGCCGCCUGUGCCCAGCUGCCGUGGACGCCCCGGGGCCCGAGGACGUGGACAACGUGCUGCUGCUGCUGGACCCGGUGGAGCCGUGGCUGUACAGCUGCGGCACGGCGCGGCGCGGGCUCUGCUACCUGCACCAGCUGGAUGUGCGGGGCAGCGAGGUCACCAUCGCAUCCACCCGCUGCCUGUACUCGGCUGCAGCCAACAGCCCCGUGAACUGCCCCGACUGCGUGGCCAGCCCCCUGGGGAGCACCGCCACCGUGGUGGCCGACCGCUACACCGCCUCCUUCUACCUGGGCUCCACCGUCAACAGCAGCGUGGCGGCGCGCUACAGCCCGCGUUCGGUGUCGGUGCGCAGGCUGAAGGGCACGCGGGAUGGCUUCGCCGACCCCUUCCACUCACUGACGGUGCUGCCGCGCUACCAGGACAUCUACCCCAUCCACUACGUGCACUCCUUCACCGACGGGGACCACGUCUACUUGGUGACGGUGCAGCCAGAGUUCCCCGGCUCCUCCACGUUCCACACCCGCCUGGUGCGGCUCAGCGCCCACGAGCCCGAACUGCGUCGCUACCGCGAGAUCGUCCUCGACUGCCGCUACGAGUCCAAGCGGCGGCGGCGCGGGGCCGAGGAGGAGACGGAGCGUGACGUGGCCUACAACGUGCUGCAGGCUGCCCACGCUGCCCGACCCGGCGCCCGCCUGGCCCGCGACCUCGGCAUCGACGGCACCGAGACGGUGCUGUUCGGCGCCUUCGCCGAGAGCCAUCCGGAGAGCCGUGCGCCGCAGCACAACUCGGCUGUGUGCGCCUUCCCCCUGCGCCUGCUCAACCAGGCCAUCCGGGAGGGCAUGGACAAGUGCUGCGGCACCGGCACGCAGACGUUGAAGCGGGGGCUCGCCUUCUUCCAGCCGCAGCAGUAUUGCCCGCACAGCGUGAGUCAGCGGGGGCCGCGGGGACGGGGCUGGGGCCGGGUUGCACUGGGACGCUGUGGCACCCAGGUGAACCUCUCGGCGCCAGUGACCAACACCAGCUGCUGGGACCAGCCCACCCUGGUGCCCGCCGCCUCCCACAAGGUGGACCUGUUCAACGGGCGCCUAUCCGGCACCCUCCUCACCUCCAUCUUCGUCACCGUCCUCCAGAAUGUGACGGUGGCCCACCUGGGCACAGCACAGGGACGUGUCCUGCAGAUGGUGCUGCAGCGCUCCAGCUCCUACGUGGUCGCCCUGACCAACUUCUCUCUGGGGGAGCCGGGACUGGUGCAGCACGCCACGGGGCUGCAGGGACACUCGCUGCUCUUUGCUGCCGGCACCAAGGUGUGGCGUGUGAACGUCACCGGCCCUGGCUGCCGCCACUUCUCCACCUGUGACCGCUGCCUGCGUGCCGAGCGCUUCAUGGGCUGCGGCUGGUGUGGGAAUGGCUGCACGCGGCACCAUGAGUGUGCCGGCCCCUGGGUGCAGGACAGCUGCCCGCCCGUCCUCACUGAUUUCCACCCCAGGAGCGCGCCGCUGCGGGGCCAAACACGAGUGACGCUCUGCGGCAUGACCUUCCACUCCCCGCCAGACCCCACCGCCCACCACAGCCUCCCCGGCCCCUACAGGGUGGCGGUGGGAGGGCGAAGCUGCACUGUGCUGCUGGAUGAGAGCGAGAGCUACAGGCCGCUGCCCACGUUCCGUCGCAAGGACUUUGUGGACGUGCUGGUGUGUGUGCUGGAGCCGGGGGAGCCGGCGGUGGCGGCAGGGCCGGCCGAUGUGGUGCUCAAUGUGACGGAAUCUGCUGGGACCUCGAGGUUCCGUGUCCAGGGAUCCUCCACCCUCAGUGGCUUCGUCUUCGUGGAACCCCACAUCAGCACCCUGCAUCCCAGCUUCGGUCCCCAGGGCGGUGGCACCCUUAUGUCCCUCUAUGGCACCCACCUCUCAGCAGGGAGCAGCUGGCGGGUGACGAUCAAUGGAUCCGAGUGUCUCCUGGAUGGGCAGCCCAGCGAGGGCGACGGGGAGAUCCGGUGCACAGCUCCUGCUGCCACCAGCCUGGGCGCGGCCCCUGUGGCCCUGUGGAUUGAUGGCGAGGAGUUCCUGGCCCCACUGCCCUUCGAGUACCGUCCCGACCCCUCCGUUUUGACCGUCGUCCCCAACUGCAGCUAUGGGGGCUCGACGCUCACCCUCAUCGGCACCCACCUGGACUCAGUGUAUCGCGCCAAGAUCCAAUUUCAAGGUGGCGGUGGUGGGAAGACUGAAGCCACGCCCCGUGCCUACCCACAGGAGUGCGAGGGCCCGCAGUCACCCAACUGGCUGCUGUGCCGCAGCCCGGCCUUCCCCAUUGAGAUCAAGCCGGUGCCUGGGAACCUGAGCGUGCUGCUGGAUGGGGCUGCUGACCGCUGGCUGUUCCGCCUGCGCUACUUCCCCCAGCCCCAGAUGUUCUCCUUUGGGCAGCAGGGCGAGCGGUACCAACUCAAACCCGGCGACAAUGAGAUUAAGGUGAAUCAACUGGGGCUGGACUCUGUGGCUGGGUGCAUGAACAUCACCAUGACGGUGGGGGGCCGGGACUGCCACCCCAACGUGCUGAAGAACGAGGUGACGUGCCGUGUGCCUCGCGACGUGGACUUGACCCCGGCCGGGGCCCCCGUGCAGAUCUGCGUGAAUGGUGACUGCCAGGCACUGGGUUUGGUGCUGCCCGCCUCCUCGCUGGACAUGGCUGCCAGCCUGGCCCUGGGCACCGGUGUCACCUUCCUGGUCUGCUGCGUCCUGGCCGCUGUGCUGCUCCGCUGGCGCUGGAGGAAGAGGAGGGGGUUGGAGAACCUGGAGCUGCUGGUGCACCCUCCCCGGAUUGAGCACCCCAUCACCAUCCAGCGCCCCAACGUUGACUACAGAGAAGUGCAGGUGCUGCCUGUUGCGGACAGCCCUGGCCUGGCCAGGCCCCAUGCACACUUUGCCAGUGCUGGAGCUGAUGCUGCAGGCGGUGGCUCCCCGGUGCCGCUGCUCAGGACCACGUCCUGCUGCCUGGAGGACCUGCGGCCAGAGCUGCUGGAGGAGGUGAAGGACAUCCUCAUCCCCGAGGAGCGGCUCAUCACCCACCGCAGCCGCGUCAUUGGCAGAGGGCACUUUGGCAGCGUGUACCAUGGCACCUACAUGGACCCGCUGCUGGGCAACCUGCACUGUGCCGUCAAGUCCCUGCACCGUAUCACAGACCUGGAGGAGGUGGAGGAGUUCCUGCGAGAGGGCAUCCUGAUGAAGAGCUUCCACCACCCGCAGGUGCUCUCGCUGCUGGGGGUCUGCCUGCCCCGCCACGGGCUGCCCCUCGUCGUCCUGCCCUACAUGCGCCAUGGGGACCUGCGGCACUUCAUCCGCGCCCAGGAGCGGAGCCCCACGGUGAAGGAGCUCAUUGGCUUCGGGCUCCAGGUGGCCUUGGGCAUGGAGUAUUUGGCCCAGAAGAAAUUCGUGCACCGGGACCUGGCGGCCAGGAAUUGCAUGCUGGAUGAGACACUGACGGUGAAGGUGGCUGACUUCGGGCUGGCGCGGGAUGUGUUUGGCAAGGAGUACUACAGCAUCCGGCAGCACCGGCACGCCAAGCUGCCCGUCAAGUGGAUGGCGCUGGAGAGCCUACAGACCCAAAAAUUCACUACCAAGUCAGACGUGUGGUCCUUUGGGGUGCUCAUGUGGGAGCUGCUGACGCGGGGUGCCUCACCGUACCCUGAGGUGGACCCCUAUGACAUGGCCCGCUACCUGCUGCGGGGCCGGCGCCUGCCGCAGCCCCAGCCCUGCCCCGACACGCUGUAUGGGGUGAUGCUGAGCUGCUGGGCACCCACACCCGAGGAGCGGCCGUCCUUCUCGGGGCUGGUGUGUGAGCUGGAGCGUGUGCUGGCCUCGCUGGAAGGUGAGCGCUACGUCAACCUGGCUGUCACCUACGUCAACCUGGAGAGCGGCCCCCCUUUCCCCCCUGCCCCCAGGGGACAGCUGCCCGACAGUGAGGAUGAGGAGGAUGAAGAGGAUGAAGAGGAUGAGGACGCGGCUGUGCGCUGAUGGGGUGCUCUGCACCAUGGGUGCGCUCCCCCAAGGGGGGCUGUGGGGCACAGCCCAGUGCCGUGGGGCACCCACCCUAUGGGCUGGGUGCUGGGUGCUGUGGGUGCUGUCCUGUGCUGUGCACUGGGACUGUGCCAUGUCCCAUGGGGUCCCCCCACUUGACCCCACGCUGGCUGGGUGCUGUGGGGCUCAUCCUGCACCAGUGGGGUGCUCUGGGCCCCAUGGUCAGCCCCAGCGCGUGCCGUGGGGAACCCAGAGCUGACCACGUGCCACAAGGGGCUUUGGGGCCUCCCUGGGGAAAUUCAGCAUUUCGGGGUUGAAUCACUCAUAAAAACCAAAUGCUAUUUUUCA